AACCCGUCGCCCCAAAUCCGAGCCUGCCUGUGUAAACGAUACCUUCCUUUUCCCUUCAAGUUCAACUUUUCUCUCUCCUUCAACUUGCAGUCGACUGGACUAUCCGCCAGCAUGUCUCAAGCCCAGGAGCAAUUCCCCAAGCACCAGCCUCUCCUCACGGAGGUGUCGGAGAAGUUGGCGGCUGCUCGCAACCUCGUUCAGAAGUCCCUUGCGGCAGUCCCACCGCACCCUGAGCCAGUUCCAGGUACCGCUGCGCAGCAGCCUGUACCGACACAUCUUUUGCAAGAUGUCAAGAAACUCGGCUUCCAGGACUUCGAGACUUUGGCCGAAUUCGGCAUCACUGCUGUGCAAGGCAGGAUCAACGACAAUGAUUUGCUCUUGGAGCACGUCAUCCAGCUUUUCGCUAAGUUGCCUCGCGGCACCAUCAAUGGCAAGAAACUCGAGUAUGGCUUGAUCAACCAGCUUUGGGAUGGUAUCGACCAUCCGCCUAUGACAACUCUCGACGAGAAGUUCAAGUAUCGCGCAGCCGACGGCUCCAACAACAACAUCCACAGCCCGGCCAUGGGCGCAGCUGGCACAGCAUAUGCUCGGUCAGCUCCGCCAAUCACCUAUCAAACCCCCAAUCAGCCAGAUCCCAGCCUUCUGUUCGAUAUGCUCUUCGCUAGAGGCGAGGAAUUCAAGCCUCACCCCAACAAAAUCUCAAGCUUCCUCUUCUACUUGGCUACCAUCAUCACUCAUGAUAUCUUCCAAACCGACGGCCUCAGUGGUAUCAACAAGACAUCCUCCUACCUCGACCUUUCUCCUCUCUAUGGUCGCAACCAAGAGGAGCAGGAUCAAGUUAGGACAAAGCUGGAUGGAAGACUCAAGCCUGACACAUUCUCUUCCAAGAGAGUCCUUGGUUUCCCUCCCGGCGUCGGUGUUCUUCUGAUGAUGUUCAACCGCUUCCACAAUUAUAUCGUUACACAGCUUGCAAGCAUCAAUGAAAACAACCGAUUCAACAGACCUCCUGGCGAUGCCAUCGAUCCCGAGGCUGAGGCCCCCAAAAAGCCAACGGAGCCGGAGGAAGCCGUUCCAGUCGGUCACCCAAGAUACCUGGACUGGAUUGAAUCCCCAGCCUACAAGGAAUAUACGAGCACCCCCGAGUACAAGGAAUGGACCAGUUGGACUGCUUGGGUCAAAUUUGACAACGACCUUUUCCAAACAGCGCGUCUCAUCACUUGCGGUCUCUACGUCAGCAUCGUCCUUCGCGACUACGUUCGUACCAUCUUGAACAUGAACCGCUCGCCUUCUAGCUGGGCGCUGGAUCCCCGUACCACUGAGGGCAAGAGCGUUCUUAGAGCUGAGACCCCCGAGGGUACCGGAAACCAGGUCUCUGUUGAGUUCAACCUUAUCUACAGGUGGCAUUGCACCAUUUCCCCCAAGGAUGCCAAAUGGACCGAAAAGGCGUUCCGCGAGCAACUCAAGAUUAAGGGAGUAACCAAGGAUGUCAAGGACUACACUCUCAUGGAGUUUGGCCACGCUGUGAGGGACUGGGAGAGACGUAUCAGUGAUGACCCCGUCAAGCGCGACUUCGCCGGCCUGAAGCGUGGCAAGGAUGGUGCGUUCCGCGAAGAGGAUUUGGUCAAGAUCUUCAAGGAGUCCGUCGAGGAUGUUGCUGGUUCUUACGGCGCGAACAGAAUCCCCGAGAUUAUGAAGCCAAUCGAGGUGCUCGGUAUGAUGAACGCGCGAAAGUGGAAUGUUGCCACCCUCAACGAGUUCCGUGACCACUUCGGCCUCACCAGACACCCGACAUUUGAGGACAUCAACCCGGACCCCGAAGUCGUCAAGAAGCUGAGAUAUCUCUAUGGCACUCCAGACCAGGUUGAACUGUACCCUGGAUUGGUUGCUGAGAAGGCUAAGCAGCCCAUGUCCCCCGGAAGUGGGUUGUGUGGCGGCUUCACCAUGACUAGAGCGAUCUUGUCUGAUGCGGUUGCCCUGGUUCGUGGCGACCGAUUCUACACCGUCGACUACACGCCGAAGAAUCUGACCAACUGGGGUUUCAACCAGUGUAGCUACGAUCACAACGUUGACCAGAGCCAUGUUCUGUACAAGCUGGUGUUCCGCGCUUUCCCCAACUCAUUCGAGCAGAACAGCGUUUACGCCCAUUUCCCUCUCACAGUGCCCUCCGAGAACAAGAAGAUUCUCGAGGACAUCAACAGAGCCUAUCUCUACUCCUGGAAGGAGCCAGUCACCAAGCGCAACAUGAUUCCCAUCUUCUCCCACAAGGCUGUCAGCGAGAUUCUGUACAACCAGACAGACUUCAAAGUUGUCUGGGGCGAUGCCAUCCGUCACCUGGUCGCGCAGCCCGGCAAGGAGCACGGCAAGGACUUUUGUCUGGCUGGCGAUGGCAAGGCCAACACACAGAACCGCACUCUCGUCAGGAAGGCUUUGAUCACGGGUCCUUGGGAGAAGGAAGUGUUCAAGUGGUAUACUCAUAUGACGCCUCGGUUGCUGGAGCAGAACAGUUUUGCCAUUAGGAAGGGCGUCAGGGAGGUUGAUCUUGUUCGGGACGUCAUCAACUUGACAAACACACGAUUCAAUGCCGCCCUCUUCCACCUGCCCAUCAAGAACGAGGACUCGCCACUGGGUGUUUACACUGACCAGGAAUUGUAUGUGGUUGUCGCCACCCUUUUCCAGUCUGUUUUUCUAGAUGCGGACAUUGGCAACAGCUUCAAGCUGCGGACGAUUGCGCGAGAGCUCGGUCAAGGUUUGGGCAAGCUCAUGAGCCUCAUUUGCCUGACCAUCUCCAAGGCCGGUUUGAUCACGAAUAUUGUCGCCAAGAUCAGAGAGGGAGAAGCCUCGCUUCCCACCUUUGGAAAUCAUCUCAUUGAGCGCCUUCUUGCUGACGGCAAGGACAUUGAAGAGGUCGUUUGGGGUACCAUCAUGCCAGUCGUCACCGCCAAUGUUACGAACCAAUCGCAAGUCAUGGCUCUUUGCAUCGACUACUACCUUGGAGAGGGUCACGACCACCUGAAGACUCUUUACAAGCUGGCUCAUGAGGAUACACCUGAGGCGGAUGAGAAGUUGAUGAAGUACAUGUUGGAGGGUUGCAGACUCCGCGGCACCGUUGCUGUUUACCGUGAGGCCGUUACUACCCAGGUCAUUACCGACUACGCUCCUUGCCUCCUGGACCCCAAUGACCCGACCUCGCGCACGCCCAAGAUCAACGACGAUAUCGACGGCACCAAGUACGAAGUCAAGAUCCCCAAGGGCCAAAAAGUCCUGUGCAACCUGAUGACGGCCGGUCGCGACCCGACCAUCUUUGAGGCCCCCAAUGAAGUUCGUCUCGACCGCCCUCUCGAGUCGUACGUCCACUACGGUCUCGGCCCCCAUUGGUGUGCUGGCAAGGAGAUCAGCCGCGUGGCGCAGACGAGUCUGUUUAAGCAGAUUGUUGGACUCAAGGGACUGAGGAGAGCCGACAAGACGCCUACUGGAAACGGAGGCCGUGGGAAGCUCAAGAACAUGCCUGCCGGUGCCUGGCCCGGCCAGGUCGGUCUUCCUGUUGGCAGCAACCAGAACGGCGCCAGCAAGAAGGAUGAGCCCUGGCUGGGUCUGCGCACCUUCAUGACGGCCGAUCAGAGCUCAUACUGGCCUGUGCCGACGACGAUGAGAAUCGAGUGGGACGAGUAA